GCAUAAUAGACUAUAUAUCCUCGCCUCUAAAGAAUUUGGUGCAUAGACCUGGAGUUUUCAUCUAAUCUACAUAGACAAACAAGCCAUGGGCUCGGUCGGAGAACACUCCUUUUCGGCACCACCUAAAGUCCUGUUGGCACAUGGGUUGCUAUUCGAUUUUGACGGCACCAUAAUAGACAGCACAGAAGCCGUUGUCAAGCAUUGGCACAAGGAGGCUGCAGAGAUGGGUGUUGACCCUGAAGUCAUACUUGCGACAUCUCAUGGACGAAGAAGCAUCGACACAUUCAAGGAGUUUGAUCCAUCCAAGGCCAAUUGGGAAUACAUCAACCAACAAGAAGGGUUGAUCCCGAAAUUAUUUGGGCAGGAUGCGGUAGAGAUACCAGGUGCUCGCAAACUGCUCGCCAGUCUUGAGGCAGUCAAUGCGCCUUGGGCAGUUGUGACUUCUGGUACUAGAGCGCUUCUGAAUGGAUGGAUAGACGUUCUCAAAAUUGCGCGUCCGCGAUGUCUGGUGGUGGCAGAAGACGUUGAGAACGGCAAGCCUGAUCCGGCCUGUUAUCUGCUCGGUCGUCAGAGGUUGGGCCUGCCCGAAGACUCUCAGAUGAUCGUUAUCGAAGACGCUCCAUCUGGUGUCCGUGCAGGCAAGGCAGCUGGUUUCAAGGUCAUCGGGCUGGCCACGACACACCGGAUUGAGCAGCUACAAGAAGCGGGUGCAGAUUGGAUUGUAGAGGACCUGAGGAGUGUGACACUGAAGGACUUUGGCAAUGAUGGAGUUCGAAUCGAGAUCCGCAACGCAUUGGUCCAAGCUCCGUGAAAGAGUGGGUUGACUUGCACGAACCCACCGGUGAGUAUUCUUGAGCAUGGCGCAUGGAGUUCGGAUAGGGUAUAGCAGCACAUAGACAGCGUUACAUGCAGAUAAGGUGGAUGGUGGCCAGAGCGGGUUGUGAGGCAGCAGCCGCAUGAUCAGAAAUGCACGCCACAACCGACUGAUCCUAGGGAUCGUCAAGAUCAGUAUCACUUUCAGAGGAUAUC